ACUCACGGGGACCUUAAACCUCAAAAGGAGAAAACUCAAGAAACACUGAGGAACCCCAGUUCAGUUCUGUUGUACCUAUUACCAAAGUUAUUACAAACCUGCAACCAUCCCAAAGUGAAUACGAACCUAAGGCUAAAGGCGGGAAGCAAGCAACAGCAGCAUGCAGGUUUUUCGAAGAAACCCAUCACUUCACAGAAUCUCCUCCAGAUUCCUUAAUCAAGUUCGUUUUCUUUUCUUUUCCUCUUCCAAGGUAGUCAAAACCAGUGCAUAUUCAACCAAGAAAGUUUACAAUGCUGGGCAGCCGACUGCUGCCACUCACCCUCAGUUAAUGAAGGAAGGGGAGAUUACUCCUGGCAUUACCAGUGAAGAAUAUAUGCAGAGAAGGAAGAAACUAUUGGAGUUUCUUCCGGAGAAUAGUUUAGCGAUUGUUGCAGCCGCUCCCAUAAAAAUGAUGACUGAUGUUGUACCAUACAAUUUUAGGCAGGAUGCUGACUAUUCGUACAUCACCGGAUGCCAACAACCUGGCGGUGUUGCAGUUCUAGGCCAUGACUGUGGUUUAUGCAUGUUCAUGCCAGAACAAAGCCCCCAGGACGUUCUUUGGCAAGGAGAAAUUGCUGGGGUUGAUGCAGCUCUACAGUAUUUCAAGGCUGACCUUGCUUACCCUAUUAGCAGAUUGCCUCAGAUUCUCUCCAGGAUGAUAGAAAGUUCUUCCACUGUGUUCCAUAAUGUGAAGACAAGGACUUCAUCCUACCUGGAGCUUGAGGCCUACAAAAAAGCAGUUAGCAAUUACAAAGUGAAAGAUUUCUCUGUUUACACUCAUGAAGCCCGAUUUGUGAAGUCUCCAGCAGAGCUGAAAUUGAUGAGAGAUUCUGCAUCUAUAGCUUGUCAGGCACUUAUCCAGACCAUGUUGUACUCGAAGUUGUUUCCUGAUGAAGGAAUGCUAUCAGCCAAAUUUGAAUAUGAAUGCAGGGUUAGAGGUGCCCAAAGAAUGGCGUUUAAUCCUGUUGUUGGUGGCGGACCUAAUGGCAGUGUCGUGCAUUAUUUUCGUAAUGACCAGAAAAUUGAAGAUGGUAACCUUGUCCUCAUGGAUGUUGGAUGCGAGCUCCACGGUUAUGUCAGUGAUCUUACUCGUUCUUGGCCGCCCUUUGGAAAAUUUUCUUCUGUUCAAGAGGAACUUUAUAAUCUUAUUUUGGAGACAAACAAGGAAUGCGUGGAGCUGUGCAGACCUGGCACGACCAUCCGAGAAAUACACCACUACUCGGUAGAAAAGCUGCGAAGAGGAUUCGAAGAAAUUGGGAUACUAAAAAAUGAUCGGCGUGUUAGUUAUGACAUGUUAAAUCCUACAAAUAUAGGUCACUAUCUAGGAAUGGACGUCCAUGAUUGUUCUACAAUUGGAAAUGAUCGACCUCUGAAACCUGGUGUAGUCAUCACAAUUGAACCAGGAGUAUACAUCCCUUCAUGCUUUGAUUGUCCAGAAAGGUUCCAAGGCAUUGGGUUUAGGAUUGAAGAUGAAGUCCUUAUUACAGAAUCAGGUUACGAGGUACUUACUGCAUCCAUACCGAAGGAAAUUAAACACCUCGAGUCCUUGUUGAACAACUUUGGAAGUGGGAGAGGAACUGAAAUUAGAAAUUAGAGCUGCUCUCAGUUAGUUCUGCUUUUAAAGUCUCCAAGUUUCUACACAGAAUUAACCAAAUAGCAGGACUAGAAUCUGAGUGAUCCUUAGUCAUACUUGUUUUAGUCAGAAGUUUCAUAUCUGCUCCUCAUUCUUUUCGCAGCCAUUUCUACUCUACUAGCAAGAACGUGGAUCAUUAAAAUUUGAUGUUAUAAGUGUUGAAUAAUAAUUUAUGUGAUCCUAUGGUAUUUUAAUAAGAACAAUUUUAUUGGCUUUUAUAGAACAAGCAGCAUAAGUUGAAGGAUCG